UCCGCCCCCGCCGCGGCCACUGUUCACAGCCCGGGUGCUGAUCCGGUCCGAGGCCGCCUAGCCGCCUCAGAGUGCGCCCAGGGUCCCGGUCCCGAGGCGCGGGCCCUCCCGGAAGCCUCUAGAAAGGACAAGGAGCGGCGCCCGGCCCGGCUGGCUAUGCCUCUCGUUGCUGCCGUUCCCGCCGACGACCGCGCGCCCGCGGCCUCAGGGGCGCAGCCGGGCCCCGGGGAGGCCGCGCUGUGAGGCGCCAGGGCCUAGCGGCCGCCGCGGUCGCGCCGGAGGGGCACGGGGCCCGCGCUCGCCCGCCUUCCUCGCGCUCUGCGGCCCCGCCUCGGCUCGCGGCCUCAGCCGCCGGCCGCCAUGGCCUUCGCCGCCGGGGAGAGCGCGGGCUCGGGGCGCAGGCGACCGCCGCGGCACCGGGCGCUGCGCGGGCUGCUGCUGCUCUGCCUGUGGCUGCCGAGCGGCGGCGCGGCCGGGCCGCCCUCCGCGCCGCUGUCCGAACUGCAUGCGCAGCUGUCGGGAGUGGAGCAACUGCUGGAGGAGUUCCGUCGGCAGCUGCAGCAGGAGCGGCCGCAGGAGGAGCUGGAGCUGGAGCUGCGCGCGGGCGGCGGUCCCCAGGAGGGCUGCCCGGGCCCGGGCGGCGGCGGCUACAGCGCCAUGCCGGACGCCAUCAUCCGCACCAAGGACUCCCUCGCGGCCGGCGCCAGCUUCCUGACCGCGCCGGCGGCCGUGCGGGACUGGCGGCAGUGCGUGGCGGCCUGCUGCUCGGAGCCGCGCUGCUCCGUGGCCGUGGUGGAGCUGCCCCGGCGGCCCGCGCCCCCCGCCGCCGCGCUCGGCUGCUACCUCUUCAACUGCACCGCCCGCGGCCGCAGCGUUUGCAAGUUCGCGCUGCACCGCGGCUACAGCAGCUACAGCCUGAGCCGCGCCCUGCAGGGCGCGCAGGAAGACCCGGACGCCUCGCCUCCCAUGGAAAAGGAUGAGCCUCCACUCAGCAAGGCUGGACAGGAUGUGGUUUUGCACCUGCCUACAGAUGGAGUGGUUUUGGACGGCCGUGAGAGCACAGACGACCAUGCCAUAGUCCAGUAUGAGUGGACAAUGUUGCUGGGUGACCCAUCAGUGGACAUGAAGGUACCUCAGUCAGGAACCCUGAAGCUGUCCCACUUACGGGAAGGAACAUAUACCUUUCAGCUCACUGUGAUGGACACUGCUGGGCAGAGAAGCUCUGACAACGUCUCAGUGACAGUGCUGCCCAUGACCUUCUCCACAGGAGGAUGCUCGAACGUUUGCUCACGCUAUCACUUCUCUUGUGAUGAUGGCUGCUGCAUUGACAUCAUGCUGGCUUGCGAUGGAGUGGAGCAGUGUCCUGAUGGGUCCGAUGAGGCUUUCUGUCAUAACUUGAGCCUUGACCGGAAGACGGUGACCCACACAGCAACUGCCCAGCCUAGAAUCACAGGACCAAUCAAAGAGGUGGCAGGAGGCUCCUUCUUGGAAAAGUCCCAGAAAGUGACUGUCCCAAACCAGCCACUGGUGGUAUCAAACACAGAGAAGAGGAAUCAUUCCACUUUUUGGGGACCAGAGAGUCAGACUGAUCCUGUGAUGCCAGAUAGUGGUUCCUCAGGGAAGAACAGAAAAGAAAAAAAUUAUAUUUUUGAAUCAAAGAGCGAUCGAGGAGGAGGGGAACACCCAGCCCCAGAAACAGGUGCAGUGCUACCCUUGGCCCUGGGUUUGGCCAUCACGGCUCUGCUGCUUCUCAUGGUCGCUUGCCGACUACGCCUGGUGAAACAGAAACUUAAAAAAGCUCGUCCCAUUACGUCUGAGGAAUCUGACUACCUCAUAAAUGGGAUGUAUCUAUAAAAGUGUCACUUAAAUAGCUGGGGGGCGAGGAUGUUUCACUUUUAAUUCAUAUAUAUACUGGGUUCCGGAUAUUUAGAAACCUCUUUGGUUUGAACUGGGCGAAGAAAAAUACCGAAACCCCAGAAAAUUCUGAAAACCCCAAACCUUUGUUUUUAUUUAUUGUAGGAAGAUUUUCUUUGGCAAGUGUGUGAAAUAUUUUGAAAUUUAGAGAGGAGUCCGUCUGAGUAGACUCACACAUCGAAUUCUGACUUACGUAAGCUGUCCCUGAAAAUAGCAGUUUGCAGUGAGCCACGGCAGAAAAUUCAGCGACUCGAGGGGUGGCCUUGGAAUGGCGACGUUAACCCUUUACUUUCUAGAGGCCAACCACGGGCCCCUGGCAACCCGGGGCCUCUUGAUACACGGCUUCCUCUCGUCCUGAGGCCCUCUUGUUCCUCACGCUAAGCUUCCCGGGCUCUCCUUUCUCCUCUCCCCUUCAAAACCUGUCUCUAGGAAUGGAUCUCAAGUGAGUUUAUACCUUCAAUGGCAGGAGUAUCAUCUGUACUAGAGCCCCAUGAACACGUCAAGGAGGCCUCGGGGAAGGUGAAUGUGAGUUUAUCCCAGGGCCUCUGACAUCAUGUCAUUUAGGGGGCUGCCUCAUCAGGCUUACCUUGGGGUGAGAAAACCCCGACUUUGGAUGACAAAUAGCCGUAACGCGGUCGUGAAGGGAGCUGGGAAAUCCUGGUGGAAGAAGAGGUGGCAGGUCAAACAUUUCAAUACAAACUCAGCUGAGGGCGAAGUGGGAGGAGGACAAUUAGUUCUUUCUUGAAUCUCCUCAGCACUGCUUGAUGGUCCCGAACACAGCAGCUUUAUUUCUGUAGUCGCUGGUUUUCAACACUAGUCUGUGUUGAUGGAAGAGGAAGAUGCAUUCAAACUGGAAAGCAGAACGCUGAGUGGAUUUGUAGGUGCAGCUUUUGUAAACGUGCCUCGUUUAAGGAUCAGCAGGGUCUUUCAUCCAAUGGGAUUGAGCCACUUUUCUGCACUAUUUACUCAAUGCUUCAGACGCUGUAACGUGCAAUCAGCUAAUGCCGGGCUUACGUAUUCCCCCAGCAUAGAGCAGUCUUGCACAAAUUUGUCUUUGCAGAAAACUGGCCGUCUGGCUUUGCAUCUUUUCCCUGUUAAUCAGUCGGUAGGAUUUUUAAAGGCAAAUUAUUCCCGUCAUCACUUCAUGCCGGGAUUAUACGUGUUGUAGAAAUCAUUCUCCUUGAGAGGAAUGUGGUGCCUGUCUACACUCACACGAUGUUACCAUUUACAUAGUACGGCUUUUUUCUCAUAAGUGGCAAAUCUUCUAAAAUGCUUGAACACAUUGUAGAACACUUUAUUUUCAGACUGAACCUGGGGUAAGUCGUUCCUUUGGCAAAGGGCUUAAUUUGGGUCAGAAAUAUAACGAACCCAUUAAGAAAUGGCAAGUUAGUUCUGGAAAAACAAAGAAAUCGGUUACCUUUAUGUCCUGAGAGGUCCAAGCAUUUUGUUGAAUAUUAAGACUUGAGCAAAGAUUUCAAUCUCCCCUCCAGGGCAGGUUAGAGAAAGGACAGCACGAGUGACCUGAGGCCCUGGGCGCUCCCUGUGUGAUGCCGUGCAGUGUCCUAGUCCAGAGAAGGACAUCACCCGUAGCCAUACGGGACACAAUAAAAACUGCUGAGGCGUGCAUCUUUCAGCACAUCUUUUAUACGUGAAGAAAUUAAAACACGAUUUAGUAUUGCUAUGGUGUGGAAAGACUUGAGAAAAGAUGUCCAUAUCCACGUGUACGAUAUCCCUUUCCUAAAUUGUAUUUUAUUCUUGUGACUUUAAACAACCAUUUAACCUAAUCAUCAUAAGUUGCUAUUAUUUACUGAGCUGUUCCUGUAUUACCUGGAUUUAAUCCUAUCAACCUUAUCUUGCAAAGGGGGAAAUUAGGAAUUAGAGAAGGAGAAUCGGGGUCUACAAGAUAUUUGUAUUGUCAGAAGGACUGAAUGGGACUUUUGAAAGUCACCUUAACUGUGAGUAUCUGACUGAAGGCAUUCUGCAUCUAAGAUGAUUUCAAGAUAAUUUUAGAGGGAAGCUUGUCCACGAUUUGCUGCUCAAACAUGUUCGUGUGUCUCACGUCUCUUCCUGAGAAAAGGCCCAUCUGAGCCACCUUCCAGAAAACUCAGAGCUUCUUUCCUCCCGUCUCUACAAGCAGACAACAGCCAGUCUCCAUCCUUCCAGAAGCUUGAAUGCCAGUCACUCGAGUAUCAGGUUUGUUCUCUUCCACAGGAAAAUAACAGAAUGUCUUCAUCUUUCUCCUCCUGACUUUUCAUAAUCUGUGAUUCGGCUCCAUGAUUCGCUUUCACACUUCCCAGCCCUCCUCAGUCACUGAGGGCUGUUUCAUGUUGUCCUUUAUCAUAUUUUCCCUCAACCCAAACGCGGAGAUGCGUAUUUCUAUUUGUUCUUCAGUUUUGCCGUUCAGGGCAGACCUUGCCGAUGAACUAACCGGACUUCCCGUACAUAAACAUAGGACAGUGUGCUGUGCCCCAGGGCACGGGGCCGUCCGGGUCCUCACAACGUGCUGCCUGCAUCACAGUCAUGAUGCUCCGUAACAGCAGCUUCUGGGCCUGGGAUUGUCGCUGGGGGUCUCUUAAGUUACACUGUCCCCAGUUCGAUGUUUGGGGAUUGUACCGUUUUGUUCCUAGCAGAGUGGCUCUCAAUUAUUUGUUCUCUUUACUGGACUCUAAGUUUUGUCUAACUCUUGGUGUUGAAACCGAAUGAGGAUUUCUAACGAAAAACUGCCCAAGCCAAAUAGAAAAGCUUAGUUUGCUGUUCACAAAUGUUCACAUCUCCCUGGCUUUUUAAUCAAUUGUGAUGCUGACUUUUUGGGGGGGCACUGGCCCUAUUUUUCCCAGCUCUUUUGUCCUGCUCAAUUCUCUCUAGUAUUCUAAAUAAAGUGCAUAUUUUAUAGCUA